AUGUUAACUUAUAUCCAGAAUAAGUUGGUGGCGCGACCCAAUCUGCUUUGUCCCUUCGAGGAAAUUGGCGGCCAUAGAGGUGUUUUCGUUUCUGGUGGCCAACCGAUGUGGCUAUUCAGUGGUCAUUUUGGCGAACUCCGCGUCUUUCCACAUGCCGUUGACGGCGUUGUGCCUGGCUUCACUCCGCUUCAUACGGCGACUCUACCAAAUGGAUUCGUAUACUUCACAUGCUCGGUAUGUCCAUUCUUACUAUCUACUUGA